AUGUCUGUAUUCGUUAGCGCGAGUUCGCAUGUCAAGUCUUGGCAGAGCACUUCACCCAACGGAGAUUUUCUGGUGAAGAAAAUACACACAUUGGCGACCAUCGGAUCCGACGACACUCUACGACUUUUCGAUGCGAGCAGCCUGAAGACGCUGCAGACCAGCCCCAGAUGCCACUCCGGAGUUGCGUGUCUCGAGUCCGCGGGAUCAUUUUUUGUGACCGGCGGUCGGGAUGGCCUCGUUCGGUGCUGGGAUUCGCGCGCUAAGAAAGCCGUCGAGAUGGCAGAUCCAAAAUCGAACGGCAUUUCUUCUCUCGCAUGCCUGGAUCACUACAUUGCUGCUGGAACGGAAAGCCUGAAGGAGGGACUGGGCGAUGUCAGCGUACUUGUGUAUGAUACCAGAAAUCCGGCCGCACCGUUGAGACAAUACAACGAGUCGCAUACGGAUACGAUCACGCAACUUGCCUUCCACCCGACCCAGCUGAAUGUACUGAUGUCUGGAAGUACCGAUGGUCUGAUCUCCUUCUUCGAUGUAAAUCAGGAGGAUGAAGAAGACGCCCUGCAACAAGUCCUGAAUCCUCGAUCGGCGGUGCACUGCUCGGGCUUCCUAGCUCAGGAUCUGGUCUACGUAGUUUCCACUGACGAACAGUUCUCCAUCCACACACUCUCGAAAACCGCAUCAGAAGAUGAGCAGCUGCCGCCUCCCAUUGAAUUUGGCGAUGUGCGGGAAAAGCUGAAGUGCAUGUACGUCGUUGAUGUGCUGGUACAGCCGGAUGGUCCGCCUGUCAUCGCAUAUGGUCACAAUGAAAACAGGACGCUCUCGAUUUCUGCCCUGGGCUCACCUGGAGCGUGGACUUUCGGGCAGAAGGUAGACCUUCCUGGCGCUCAUGGCGAUGAAGUGGUGCGCGACUUGCUCAUUCACAAGAAGCGUGCUGUCACAUGUGGCGAGGAUGGGCAAGUGAAGCUAUGGAGUCUUGGGAUUCGCCUUCACUUGGUCGCGAACCAUGGGUGGAAGUCCCGGAGGAGUUGUGCAUUUCACAAAAGCCAUCUACCUUAUCGUCAAACCCGCCAGCUAGAGCUCCACGAUCACCGCACCACCAUGACAGCCACCAAAGAGCCCGCCAGCGCAGCCGGCGUCAAAUCGACUAUCGAGGCAUUCUUCGACGCCAUCAACGCUGAAGACACCAAAGCGCUGCAAGCGAGGUUUCAUCCGAAGGCAGGCCUGACCAUCAUCCGGCAAGAUCCCCCACUUCCACCUGUAAGACUUGCCCAUUUCCUCUAG